UGUUGUUUUUACACUUAUUAAUACUUUCCAGAGUAUAAGUUCUGUACUUCUUUUGUUAAAUUUAUUCCUAAGAAUUUUAUUCUUAUUGAUGCUAUUGUAAAUUGAAUUGUUUCCUUCUUUUCUGGAUAGUAUUUUACAUUGCAAGGGUAUAGAAAUACAACUGAUCUCUGUAUACUAAUCUUCUACCCUGCAAAUCUGCAGAACUCACUUAUCAGUACGAAUAGUUUUUCAGUAGAUUCUUCAGGAUUUUCUAUAUAUAUCAUGUCAUCUCUGAAUAGAGAUGGUUUUACUUCUUCCUUGCUAAUCUAGAUGCCUUUAAAAUCUUUUCCUUGCCUAACAGUUGUGGCUAGAACCUCCAGUACAAUGUUUGGAUAGAAGUGGCAAGAGAUUAAACCUUUUGUUUCUGCUCUGAGUGGGAAAACAUUCAGUCUUUCACCAUUAAGUAUUAUGUUAGCUGUGGGUUUUUCAUAGAGAUUCUUCAUGCGGUUGAUGAAAUUAUCUUCUAUUUCUAGGUUGAUGGCUGUUUUUAUCAUGAAAGAGUGUUGGAUGCAAUUUACUUAUGCCCGGGAGGCGGGCGGAGGCGGGCGGAGGCGGGGGGCGGGGAGCCCGAGGGGUGGAAGCCGGCGGCGGCCGAGCGGGGUCAGUUCUCUGUACUGUUUGCCAAUGUUGGAGCCGUCUGCAAAGUGUUCCUGGCAAGAAGAUGUUCUCAGUGCAGCUGAGUCUUGGUGAGCAGACAUGGGAAUCCGAAGGCAGCAGUAUAAAGAAGGCUCAACAGGCUGUUGCCAAUAAAGCUUUGACUGAAUCUACGCUUCCCAAACCGGUUCAGAAGCCACCCAAAAGUAAUGUUAACAAUAACCCAGGCAGUAUAACUCCAACUGUGGAACUGAAUGGGCUUGCUAUGAAAAGGGGAGAGCCUGCCAUCUACAGGCCAUUAGAUCCAAAGCCAUUCCCAAAUUAUAGAGCUAAUUACAACUUUCGGGGCAUGUACAAUCAGAGGUAUCAUUGCCCAGUGCCUAAGAUCUUUUAUGUUCAGCUCACUGUAGGAAAUAAUGAAUUUUUUGGAGAAGGAAAGACUCGACAAGCUGCUAGACACAAUGCUGCAAUGAAAGCCCUCCAAGCACUGCAGAAUGAACCUAUUCCAGAAAGAUCACCUCAGAAUGGUGAAUCAGGAAAGGAUAUGGAUGAUGACAAAGAUGCAAAUAAGUCUGAGAUCAGCUUAGUGUUUGAAAUUGCUCUGAAGCGAAAUAUGCCUGUCAGUUUUGAGGUUAUUAAAGAAAGUGGACCACCACAUAUGAAAAGCUUUGUUACUCGAGUGUCAGUAGGAGAGUUCUCUGCAGAAGGAGAAGGAAAUAGCAAAAAACUCUCCAAGAAGCGUGCUGCGACCACCGUCUUACAGGAGCUUAAAAAACUUCCACCUCUUCCUGUGGUGGAAAAGCCAAAACUAUUUUUUAAAAAACGCCCUAAAACAAUAGUAAAGGCUGGACCAGAAUAUGGCCAAGGGAUGAACCCUAUUAGCCGCCUGGCGCAAAUUCAACAGGCCAAAAAGGAAAAGGAGCCAGAUUAUGUUUUGCUUUCAGAAAGAGGAAUGCCUCGACGUCGAGAAUUUGUGAUGCAGGUGAAGGUAGGCAAUGAAGUUGCUACAGGAACAGGACCUAAUAAAAAGAUAGCCAAAAAAAAUGCUGCAGAAGCAAUGCUAUUACAGCUUGGUUAUAAAGCAUCCACUAAUCUUCAGGAUCAACUUGAGAAGACAGGGGAAAACAAAGGAUGGAGUGGUCCAAAGCCUGGGUUUCCUGAACCAACAAAUAAUACUCCAAAAGGAAUUCUUCAUUUGUCUCCUGAUGUUUAUCAAGAGAUGGAAGCCAGCCGCCACAAAGUAAUCUCUGGCACUACUCUAGGCUAUUUGUCACCCAAAGAUAUGAACCAACCUUCAAGCUCUUUCUUCAGUAUAUCUCCCACAUCGAAUAGUUCAGCUACAAUUGCCAGGGAACUCCUUAUGAACGGAACAUCUUCUACAGCUGAAGCCAUAGGUUUAAAAGGAAGUUCUCCUACUCCCCCUUGUUCUCCAGUACAACCUUCAAAACAACUGGAAUAUUUAGCAAGGAUUCAAGGCUUUCAGGUAUGAAUUAAAAGCAAAAACAAAAAAAAACAGAACAAUUCGUUAGCCUCAGAUCCUUCAUCUCUAUCCAUCACAAGGCUCAUUCUUGCCUGCUAGUAUGGCCUACAUGCCACUUACAUUUUAAGUUAUUUAGGAACACAAAGGACAGACAAAAAAAGAGCCGUAUGCACAUGCCUCAUUUUCUCUUAUUUUUGAUCUGUCUAGUAAUUCUUUUGCUGCCUGUCUCUUCGCCAUUUUCCUCCUUCUUUUUCUUUUUCUUUUUUAAGCAUUUUUCAUACUCUUCACUGUCUUCCACUUGGUCUUGAUUAGGUGCAUCUAUCUCUUCACUCUGUCUUCCACAAACAAAAAUUCUGCCUUCAGACAUUUGGUGUUAGUAUUUCACACUCAGUUCUCCCUUUUUUUACAUAAGGAUUGAAUUUCUUUUUAUGAUCAUUUUACCUUUAUUGUAGUUUUGAAUUUUGCGUUCUGUUGCUAGUAUUGAUUCAGGUACACCAUUAAGAUACAACAUUCUAGAAGUCUGUUACCUUAGGAGUUAAUUAAACUUGGUAUUUGAAGAAUAAUGAAAUGCUUUAUAGUUGUUUGAGGCAUAACAAUGUGUAUUUGUUUUACUGGAUCAUGUUUUGAACUGACUAGGGAGGGUAGCAUCUGCCUCAGAUGGUACCAACAAUUCUGUUUCACUGGGUAGUCUAAAACUAGCUUAUAGUUUAACUUAACUUGUGUAUGUGACUUUAGGGAUGGAAACUUGUUUUCCCCUAUUUAUUCUUUGUUUCCUUUUGGAAAAAACCCCACAAAAAUCAGCACUCCUUUAUGGAUACAUCGGAACUUUUAAAAGAAUUGUUAACUCUAGGAAAGGGAAAUAUCUGUCUUGAUUUCUUAGUUGCCUUGAAAAUCAUGUACUGAACUGUAACCGCUAACUUGACUGGAUGAACUACAGCUUGUGUGUAGAGAGAGUAUUGCUUUCUCAGAUUUCACUGUUUUCAUCUCCUUUUCCAUCUUAGUCUUUAUUCCUUAAGACCAAAAACUGUAAUAUCCUUUAGAAAUGCUCUAGAAGAUCUGUAUUGUGUAGAAUGAUCAUGUAUUUAUAAAAAUUUUACAAGUCUAGAUUAUAAAAUGAAAAAGAAGGUCAUGUGUUUUGGGGGGUAUUUUGCAUGUUUGGAUUUUUUUUCCCUUCACCGAACCCUUCUGAUUCUUUCAAACUAUUGCCAGGUAGUUGUUAGUGUUUUUAAUUGGACUCUUAAUAUGAACUUAAAGAAGCUGUUACCAGUUAUUGGCUCUGUCAUCUGAAAUUUUAACCACUUAAUUUAAAGUUAUAAUUUUAGAAUUUGUUUUUGUUGUUUUACCUUGAGAAACACAAUAAAUCACUGUUAAAAAAAGAUCUCGAUUUAUAUAAAGUACUGGAAAAAAGCUAAGUAAUUUUUAGUUCUGUCUAUAAUCUGCAUAGGAUGAAUUAGAAAUAAAUUGUGAUGAAAAGAAAUUCACUGCUUAUUUAUGAAUCUAGUCAUUUAGAAAUGUCUGAGAGUAACACUGCAUUCUUAUAGAAACAAAGCACAAAUUGCAUUCAAGCUCUGAAUUGAUUUUUUGCUUGGAGCUAUUGUUACAGUAGAUGUAAUUUUGCUACCGGAACAUCUUAAUUUUUUAAAUUUGUUUUUAUUUCUAAGCUCUUGGCAAUGAGAGUAAUUAUAAUUUUAACAUAUCUUCACUGUAGUCAACACGUAGAGUCUGCUUCCCUCAUUAUUGCAUUGCUUAAGCCUUUUUAAAAAGCUUAUGCUGACAAAAUACACUCUUUUUUGUGGACACGUUAUACGUUUCCAAAUCUGUGUAUUGUGAUUUUUACAUACUAAUGAAUAUAAACAGGUGAUUUUAAAAUAUUACUGUGCUUCCUUGGUUGAAUGAGCUGGUAUUGAUGUAAAAUACUGUGUCACUGAUGGACCACUACCUGCAGCUAAGCAGUGAGCAGAAUCUCUGGGAAAUGGCUUAGUCCGGCCACAUGCGUAGCCCUUCUUCAUAAUGUCGCAGCAGAAGGUUCUUUGUGGUUACCCUCUCAGGUAUAUUUACCUGGUAGAAAAACAUGUAGAUUGUUUCUGUUACUUAAAUGUUUUAAUUGGACUGCAGAUUAGAAAUUGUAGGACCAGCUUGUUACAGAUUAUGUGCUAUUCUGUUACUUUUAUUUCGGAAACUUAAACACAAUAAAUUCUUUUUCUGUGUUUCUAGGUUAGAACUUUUUUAUUUUAUUGCAAACUGAAUAGAUACUAUUGCUUAUUGAAUAUUGUGUAAACCCUUCUUUGGCUGUCCUUGCCCAUUCCAAUUUGAUUUAAGCCUACUAGAGUCAUUGUAUGUGACAGCUAUAUUGUAUUACAAAGUAAAAAUAUGUGAGUGUAUUGAAAACAAAGUUGUUUUAACUUUUAAUUUUGUUUCAUCACCCAGUCUUUAAUUUGAAUUUAUAAAUUACAGAAAGCUACUUUGAUCAACUGAAUGUAGGUAUCCAAGCUCAAAUUCUUUUAAACCUACAAAAUAGGUAAAAUUAUUAUACAAUUAAAGUUAUUAAUAAAACUGAUUUAAGAGAGCAGAAUGUGACUGAACACUUGCACAUUCUCAGCAGUUCUUUUAUUCUUGUUUGGUCUCACCUGAAGUUUUUAUCGUAUUUUAGAAUCGAACCUUUUGGAUCUCUGUCAGAAAUGAAUGUUUAUUUCUUUCAAAUAUUAUCAAGUAUUAAUACAUUUUGUUUAUAUUCUUUUAAAUGUUUUAUUCAAUAGUUCUGUGAACUUCAGACUUUGUUGUUCAGCCUAAUCGUAUGCUUCUGUAACUUCUACACAUUUUAUAAGAACUCAUUCAAAAUUGUAGUCCUACAUAGUGUUUCAGGGUUCCUUGUUGUGUACUCUUUUAUUACAAUGGCAAAAUGUUUCAAAAUCAUUCAGCUUUUUAAAAAAACUUACUAUGCAAAAGACACUCUUGAAAUGCUGUGCAUUUGAACUGAAGUGAAAGAAUUUGUUUCAUGUUGUACUUUGCAUUAUUCUACGUUUUCACAUCUUUAAUAUGCUUUUCUAUGCUAAUUAUAUUAGAUAUAAGUGGUUUCUUUGUUUAAACUAGUCAUUAAAAAUUAGGUUGAAAAUGAAAGUGGAUUAUUUUAGUAAAUCAUCCCUUCUAGAUGGAUUUCAUUUCAGUUUGCUAUUCUGUGCCUCUUCUGUGAGCAUCAUCCACUGAAACAGUGUUGUUUGUGAAACCUUCCGAGUAUAGUAUAACAAACUAGGUUUUUUUUCCUCACAUAAAUAAUAUAAAGAAACACUUAGUUGGUGUUUUAGUUAAACUAUAAUUAGUUUAUUGUCCAAAAUCAAGGAGUGUUUUAUGGAGGGGCAUUUCAUUAUUGUAUUAUAAUCAUGCCGUUUCCAGCAAGAUGAGACUGUCCAGUUAAAUUAAAAUUUUCCUUUUCAAAUAUAAUUCACAGUUAAUACAUUUCAACUGAUAUGCCUCCUUUUGUGGAGUUCAAUAUGAUAAUAGCAGGUUUUUGUAGCCACAGGCUUCUUUUAAUUAUUUAUUUUUUAACAAUAUGACUUUAGUAUAGAUUACAUUGGGAUGGAGCUGGUGGAAGUCAAGGGGGUGGUGGCUGGUCUCCCUGAGAAUCUGAGAAUCAACCUGUCUCCUAUUUAUUCUUAUCUCUCCUAUACCUCAUGUUUUCCAAUCCGUAUAGUUAUCAUCAAGGUGGCUAUUUGCAGCAGCUUUUUUUUUUUAGAAUAAGGUAUUCGUUUUUGUUAAGAGAUCAAUACAAGUACAACUUUGUAAAUUUCUCUUAGGAUAAUAUGGAGAAAGAAAUAAUGCAUGUACAUACACACCCACACUUAGGAAUAUAGUUGUCUCUUGGUAUCUACAGGAAGGAUUGGUUCUAGGACCCCCAAAGAUACCAAAGUUCAUGGACGGUCAAGUCCCUUAUAUAAAAUGUUGUAGUAUUUACAUAUAAACUACACACAUCCUCCCUUAUACUUUAAAUCAUGUCUAGAUGCCUUAUAAUACCUAAUAUAAUGUAAAUGCUAUAUAAAUAAUUGUUAUACUGUAUUGCUUUUUUGUGUUAUUUUUAAAUUCUUUUUUAGUAUUUUUGAUAUUUGGAUGCAUAGCCCAUGGAUAUGGAGGGCCCAACUGUGUGUUUUCCCUCAUUUUUAAUUUGUCAUUGAAACAUAACUUACUGUGUUGCCUCUGAGACCAAAUGUUCAUGUAGGCUAUUAAACAAAUGUAUAAAAGCGUAAGAAAUUACUUAGACUACAAUGAGCAAAACACAUUUGUGGAUUUGGUCAGCAGAUGCUGCUCUGAUUUGCCAUUAAAAUCUUAAAAAUUCUUAGAAAGCUCUCUUAAAUUUGACCUCUAACUACCUUCCAAGGACCCUGGAGAGAUCUAAGUAUGUGUUAGAAGUCUCCUGAAGGCUUGGUCUUCCUUUAGUGACAUUAACACUCAGGUUUGUUCUUCCAGUGGGCAGCCCCAGUUUAUGCAAAGCGACCUGUUUUAUCUGGAAUCUUUAGACUUUGAUACGCAGACCAAAGUCCAAGGGAUAUGCAAACAUAACACACACCUGAACUUCCAUAAAAACCAGCAGAAUUGUAGAUCAACUCAUUUUACUGAAAUUUUAAACCCUGUAAAAAAAAAAAAAAAAUACUACGUUUGAA